AUGGUGAACACCAAAGUCGGUCGUCAGCUUUCGGGCGAUAGCUCGAAUGUUGCUGGCACGUUACCAAUGCUCAACAUUGCCAAUACCACGAGGAAUAACAUUGUAGCUGUGCUCGGGGAGUUUGUCGGAACAUUCCUCUUCCUCUUCUUCUCAUUCGCCGGUACUCAAGUUGCCAACACGCCUCUUGGAGCACCAGGAUCGGACCCCAACCUCCCAUCCAUUAUCUUCAUCGCGCUUUCAUUCGGAGUCUCCCUAACUGCAAAUGUGUGGGCAUUUUACAGAGUUACGGGUGGGAUGUUCAACCCUGUGGUGACUCUCGCCCUCACUGUUUGUGGUGGCCUACCGCUACUGAGAGCUCUUCUCAUCAUGCCCACUCAAAUCAUAGCCGGAUUAUGUGCAGCCGGGGUGGCUUCUGCCAUGUUUUCUGGUCCCCUCUCCGUGACCACAGGACUGGGUGGUGGCACAAACACAGCUCAGGGCUUCUUCAUCGAGGUGAUCUUGACCGCUCAGCUGGUGUUUGUCAUCUUGAUGUUGGCCGUUGAGAAACAUCGCUCUACCUUCCUUGCCCCUGUGGGCAUUGGUCUGUCAUUCUUCCUUGCCGAACUCACAGGCGUCUACUUCACUGGCGGUUCCCUCAACCCAGCUCGAUCUUUUGGACCCGCUGCUGUUGAUGGCAUUUUCCCCAGCUAUCACUGGAUAUACUGGCUUGGUCCGAUCGUUGGAUCUCUGAUUGCUUGUGGAUUCUACCUUUUAUUGCGCAACCUUCGAUACUAUGAGUGCAACCCUGGUCAGGACGAUGAUGGCCACGACACGAGCAGCGAGCGCAGCUUCAAACCCUAA